CUGUGUAGUUAUUUGCGUUAAAAAUGUUUAAAGGCAAAUAAUGAGGCAAUUAUAAUAUAAAAAAUAAGUUUAUAAGUUUAUAACAAGUAUAAAUCAGUGAUAUUCAAUAAUGAGAUGUUUAAUCAAUCAAUAAAAAAUAUAGUAAUGAAAUGAUCCAAAGAAUUAUUAAAAAAACGCACUGAGUUAUCCUUCAAAAUCUUUAACUACCAAAGGAGAGCGACUUGUUUUCAAGCAAAAACCAUUGAAGUCAUUAUUUAUUUUCUCCAAACUGUCUUUUAGAAAAAUGUCAAACGAGCAUCCACAAAACUUCAAAGGAAAACUAAAAUAUUUUCCUCAAGAAGUUACUUCCAAAUGUUCUAGCUGUGAAGAACUAUCAAAACAAUUUAAUUUAUAUAAAGAUGACGCUAAAAAACGCUACAACACGCUACUUGAAAUUCUAGCAGAACAUAAAGUUUUAUUAGACACAAUUGUGAAACAAAACCAAAUUACAUCAAAUCUUAUGGAAUUUUUCCCUAUCGAAUCUGAAGAAAAACUAAGAGAAUUUGAUGCUAUUUUGAAGACCCAUUCAGACCCAUAUAUUCGACAAAUGAAAUCACUCCUUGCGGGUAAUGCAGAAAAAAACCUUCAUGAAAUAUUUGGCCAAAAUAUUAUAAUGAAUUUUAAUGUUGAUGGCUCUUUUGGCAAAAAGAGGUUGCGCGAAUACGCAAAUGUUUUUAAAGUCAUAAUAGAUUUAAUAGCAACUUUUAAUGAAAAUUCAGACCAAACGAUUAGAGCAGCAUUUCAGCGUCAAAAGAAAAAAUAUUUUAAACGAAUGGGUCGCAGCAAAACCAAAAAUAAUGAAAAUCGUGAAGACGACGAUUCUCCCAAAGAGGAUUAGUAAUUUUACCUAAUUUUAGUAAAACAAAUUUUUUAUGUUCUUUUAUAAGAGAGACUGAAUAAUAGUACCUUUUUGUUUUUAUAUUUAUACCCUACGCCACUAUAGUGGGGAGGGUAUUAUAAGUUUGUGCUGAUGUUUGUAACAUACAAAAAUA